GCAGGCACUGUGAUCAGUGAUGCUGAAGAAACUACAGUCGACUCCGAGGGAAUGGUGGAAUCUCUGAACAGCUCAAGUUUGAGUGGCUUGCAGUGUAGUGAUAUGCCAUCGGGCUUCUGUUGUGGAUUGUCUCCAAAGAAAGUCCGCAUAGAUGCUGGUGAUGACAAUUGUGCUUGUGGAGGGCCCGAAGGCAGUGGAAAGUUUGCAACCCAAGAUGACAUCGACAAGUAUUGCAAAGAGGUCAUCCAGCCGUGCAAGCAGCUGUCCCAUGUAGUUUGCUGCGACAUGUUGCCAAAGAUGAUCCGCCAUCAUGAUGGGAAGGACCAGUGCUGGUGCAGUGGUCCGCAGCCAAACAGCACCUACACCACGCAGGCGGACAUUGAUGAUUGGUGCGCUGCAGUAAUAAAGCCGUGCUCUUCAGUGUCAGAAGGUCAUUGUUGUCACAUGUACCCAAAACAAAUUCGACAGGGUACUGAAGAAAAGUGUCGGUGCAGUGGCCCAUCUCUAGGUACAAAGUUUCCUUCACAGGCACACAUUGACCAGGCAUGCAGCAAGAUCGUCAAGCCUUGCUCAGAGACCUCGCGUGCAACAUGCUGCUCCCGGUCGCCAAAGCAGAUUCGAUACAACAAUGGACGUGAUGGGUGCUGGUGUAGCGGACCAGUUGUCGGAGAGACAUACUCCACGCAGAUUCAGAUUGACCAGUGGUGCAGUAGGGUGUCAACUAUCACCACUAGCACCACCACUGCGACACCAAAGACGACAACUGUGCCCAGCACUACAAUGCAUGCAGACGUCGACUGUGACGAGGUCUCAGAGGCGAUGUGUUGUGCACUGGCACCAAAGCGGGCGCUGGUGAGACAAGCUGCUGACAGGUGUUUUUGUGCCGGCCCCGACUCCUCCAGCUUGAAGUUCAAAACGCAGGAUGCGAUCGAUGACAUGUGCGCUACUGUUGUGAGAUCAUGCACUUCAUUUCGGCAGGAGGAUUGCUGCCAAAUGGUUCCUAGAAGGUAUCUUGUGGGUGAUGAACGUGGUGUGCAGACCGCUGUUGGAGCCGGGACAACAAAGAUGUGCACAUGUGCAAGUCCACAAAAGGGCAGCCGCUACACGGAGCAACAGGCGUUCCAAGAUGGUUCGGGCGCUGGCAAGGAACAUUGUGAGAUCUCCCCUUUCUUUGUGCCACCAGCUGACGUGCCACUGAAACUUAAAUCCCAGCACUGACCAGCUUCGUCACUGUGCAGCAACAGAUAGCCGUCGGUGUGACGUAGCUUGUCAAUGGGCGGUGGUGGUGGUGGUUGUGGUUGUGGCUUUUGGUGGUUCGUGUUUGUUCGUGUCUUUACAAAAAUUCUUUCGCGUUGUCCCGCGACAACACAAGACUCCCACCAUUUC